AUGACGCUGCAAACCUACCGCGGCACCCUGAGGCGCAUCUGUGGACUGAGACAUCCUAUCGGGUUGUCGAGUCUCUCGCGAGGGUAUUCGUCACGCUCAUUUCCCGCCCUCUUCGUGCGCGGCGGCACCUCCAACGGUCUCGUCAUCCACAGACGCGACCUCCCUCCAGAGACGGAAUGGCACAAGGUUCUGCCCGCCGCCAUGGGAUCUCCAGAUCCGUACGGCCGUCAGUUGAACGGCAUCGGGUCGGGCGUCUCGUCAACGUCAAAGAUCGUUGUGCUGUCUCCCCCGUCGCGACCCGGUGUCGACGUGGACUACACCUUUGUUCAGGUCGGCAUCAAGGAUGGCAGCCUCGAUACGGCCGGAAACUGCGGUAACAUGUCGUCUGCCGUCGGGCCGAUGGCUUUGGAUGAGGGUCUUGUUACGGAUCCGCACAUCGAACAAGUCGACGGCCAGAAGUUUGCUGCCGUGCGCAUCUUCAACACGAACACAUCCAAAGUCAUCUUGUCACGCUUCAAAGUCGGCGGGAGCCCGCCAAAGUACGCACCCGACGGCGAUUACACCAUGGACGGCGUGCCCGGCACCAACUCGCCCAUCACGCUCAGCUUCCUGGACCCUGCUGGCGCCAAAACGGGCAGGGCACUUCCCACUGGCAAUGCUUGCGACUGGCUGCUCCUCCCAGAUGCGAGCACUGUUCAGGCGUCGCUUGUUGACGUCAGCAACCCCGGCGUCUUUGUGCUCGCCCGGGACAUAGGCCUCUCGUCGCCCGAGGACUUGACCCCGGAAGCUGUUGAGGCGGACGCUGCUCUGAAGGCGAAGCUGGACGGAAUCCGACGCGCCGGUGCUUCUCUGAUGGGGCUGAAUCCCGAUGUGGAGAGUGUCCCCAAGAUCGUCCUGCUCUUCGAAGACACCCGUUCACCCGACGUCGACAUUCGCUGCCUUGCCUUGUCCAUGGGCCAGGCGCACAAAGCCGUUCCGCUAACGCUCGCGCUGUGUCUCGGCGCCGCCAGCCAGCUACCAGGCACCAUUCCCGCCCAACUGCUCGGUAACCGUUCCAAAAAGACCAUCGUCAUCGGGCAUCCGAGUGGCAGGGUGGACAUCGGGACCACUUUCGAGGGCGGCAAGAUUAAGUCGGCAGAUCUACACCGCACGGCACGAGUGCUGAUGAGGGGUGACGUGCAUUACUAG